AUCAUUUUUAUUUUUACUAAUAUAUCAUGAUUUGGAUACUAAAUCUAGAUAACUCAUCUGUGUCCCUAGAUUAAUUUACAAAUAUACAAGUGUAAAAACAAUAAUUUUCCAAAUGGUGGGUGGACCUUAUAAUUCUUAUUGUUGUGCAUGUAGAAACACAUUCUUGCCCACACAUCAUCAGGAAGUCUCGCCUUUGAACACGCCACAUUUUUAACACUAAUUUUCAACCUAUCUAAUCCGACUCCCACUGUCUACAUCCAUUUUCUCUUUCUGCUACUAGCCACUGUAAUUGCCAAGCUCUGUCUCUCUGUACAUUAUAAUUAUAAUGGGAGAGUCAUCUCGCGGGGACGAAGACCAUACCAGGCCACCCGCUAACAACAAUAUGUCUAGAGAGCGAUCCAAGGACAUUGACAACAACCCGACAACCUCGACUCAGAAUGAGAAAAUUGGGGAGCCGCGUAGGGGAAAUGAUAAUGUGCAACCUGCUAGAAAAGCUGGGCAGGUGGAAGAUGAUGUGAAUAAGCAUAAUAAGAGACCUGUUGAGAAAGAAAUAGCGAAGGACGGUGAUAGGCCACAGGUUUCUGAUGCACCACCACAACAUGAAAAUAUGAAGGGAAAGCAAAACGUGGAUAAGGAGAAUAAAUCAGAACGUGCAGUGGACAAUGCACCAGCGUCUCGCAAUGAUACUGUCAGCCAACAAUCUGCAAAGGGUGAGAACCCGGCGUGUCAGCUGGAUAAUGCGCCUUCAAAGGCUAAUAAGAAAGUAGAAGGUGACCGUGACAAUCGCCAACAAUUUGCAAAGGAUGAGAAGAAGCCGGUGUCUGAGUUGGAUAAUGUGCAUUCAAAGGGUAAUAAGAAAAUAGAAGGUGACCGUGACAAUCACCCAAAGGAUGUGCAUUCAUUGGAUAAUAAGAAAAUAGAAGGUGACCGUGACAAUCACCCAAAGGAUGAGAAGAACCUAAGGUGUGAGUUGGAUAAUGCGCCUACAAUGGGUAACAAGAGAAUAGAAGGUGACCGUGACAAUCGCCAGAGUAAAAAUGAGAACGAAACUGAAGGCAAACAUCAUAUUACAAACAAGGAUAACAACGCACCAAGUAAAAGCACAACAAGAGAUCAAUUAGACGAUAAAGGCAAAAAUGAGAAUAGGUCUCCACCUGACAAGAAAUCAACAGAGGGCGACAAUACCUCAAUGUGUAUAUUAGAUAAAGCGCCACGAACAGAAAGUAAAACAACGAAGGAAGGGAAUAACAGGAAUUCACAAUUGUCAGAUGAUCAUGACAGUAAGUCAGCGCCUUCCGAUGCUUCACAAUCUCAGAACAAAUCAACAGGAAAGCCAUCCAUAGAUAAUACACAAUCAAUGUGUGUGCUCGACAAAUCAAGUGGACAGCCAUCCAUUGAGAAUACUCAAUCAAUGUGCGUUCUAGGCAACACGGGAGAAGAAAAUGUAAACAACAAGAACAACAGCAACAACGACGACGCAUCAGAAUCUUCGCUGCCACUGCCACUGCCACCGGGACGAUCAAUCUCAUCACAAACGCCUGGAGAACAAUCAAAACAACAAUUACAAAACGACGAAAACAAUUCAGCAUUAAAAAACACCAGAAAGACACAAUCACAUCAGCUCCGCACAAACACAGGGACUCGAAUAAAACACAAUCGUCCGCAGCUCCAACACAAUCACAGCCUGGACGAACACAACCAAGGCAAAUCCGAUUCCGAAGAAGAACAGGUGAAGUCGUCAUACGAGUACAUCACGCCGCCGGAUGGGAAAUCUCUCCCCGAAUUUAUCGGAAAUGCUGAAAACGCGCCGGGAAUCCUGAAAGCGCCGCGGCGCGGCGCAGUGCAUCCCGACAGGCCGACGUUUCUGGAGCUCCGGCCUCAUCCGCUGCGCGAGACUCAGGUCGGAAAGUUUUUGAGAACAAUUGCGAGUACCGAUACUCAAUUAUGGGCGGGACAGGAGUGUGGAGUUAGGGUUUGGAAGUUACCGGAUGUGUUUGAGCCAGGGAUUGGGAUUGGAGGAAGAGCCAGGCGUGGAGACGAAGAAGCGGCGCCUUUUUAUGAGUCCGUCAGCACUUCGCCUGCCAUGUGUUUGGCGAUUGAUAGCGGUACUAGGUUGGUUUGGAGUGGACAUAAAGAUGGAAAAAUUAGGUCUUGGAAAAUGGAUGAGGAAUUGAAUGAUGAUCCUUUUCCAGAAGGUUUUUCGUGGCAGGCUUAUCGUGCUCCUGUUCUUGCCUUGGUCAUUUCAUCAUAUGGUGAUCUAUGGUCAGGUUCUGAAGGUGGUGCCAUACAUGUCUGGCCUUGGGAAGCUAUUGAUAAAUCUCUGUCUCUAAAAAUGGAGGAAAGACACAUGGCUUCUUUACUAGUGGAAAGGUCCGGUAUUAGCCUCAGAAGUAAAGUUACCCUGAAUGGUGUCUGUAAUUUAUCUUCUCAAGAUGUUAAGAUUUUGUUGUGUGACAAGGUUGUAGCUAAAGUCUGGGCAUUUGGAACCUCGUCUAUUUCGCUCUGGGAUGCUCGUACAAAGGAACUUCUUAAAGUGUACAAUGUAGAUGGUAAUAUUGAGAAUAGAGCUGAUAUGCCAUUAGGGCAAGAUCAAAGAGUUGACGAUGAGACGAAUCCGAAGUUGGCUUCCAAAUCAAAAAAAGAAAAACCCCAUGGAUUUUUGAAACGGUCACGUAAUGCUAUUAGGGGAGCUGCAGGUGUUGUUCGUAAAGCUACAACAAAGAGCGUAACGGAAGAGUCAAAGUUAAAAAUUGAAGCUGCAGUGCUUGCCUCAAAUGGAAUGAUCUAUAGUGGAUGUACAAAUGGCUUAAUUAUUCAGUGGGAUGGAAAUGGAAAUCGUUUGCAAGAAUUUAAUCAUCGUCCUUGUGCUGUGCUAUGCUUUUGCACUUACGGGUCGCGCAUAUGGGUUGGAUAUGUGAGUGGCAUUGUUCAAGUUCUUGAUCUUGAUGGAAAUCUGAUUGCAGGUUGGGUUGCUCAUAAUGGCCCUGUAUUAAAAUUGGUUGUGGGAAGAGGUCAUUUUUUUAGUUUGGCUACCCAUGGCGGUAUACGUGGAUGGAGCACUGUAUCUCCUGGACCUAUUGAUCAGAUUAUAAGACCUGAGUUAUCAAAGAAGGAACUAAGUUAUACAAGACAGGAAAAUGUUAAAAUUCUAGUUGGGACAUGGAAUGUUGGUCAGGGAAAAGCUUCACAUGAUUCACUUAUAGCUUGGGUAGGUACUGCAGUAUCCGAUGUUGGCAUUAUUGUAGUUGGUCUGCAAGAAGUGGAGAUGGGUGCAGGUUUUCUAGCCAUGUCUGCUGCAAAAGAAACGGUAGGACUUGAAGGGAGUUCAAUUGGGAACUGGUGGCAAGAUGCAAUUGGAAAGGCAUUGGAUGAAGGAUCAACUUUUGAACGUGUAGGUUCGAGGCAGCUGGCAGGCUUGCUCAUAGCUAUCUGGGUAAGGACUAGUAUUAGAACAUUUGUUGGAGACCUUGAUGCUGGUGCUGUGGCAUGUGGUUUGGGUCGCACCAUUGGUAAUAAGGGUGGUGUUGGUUUGCGACUGAGAGUGUAUGAUCGUAUAAUGUGUUUCGUGAACUGUCACUUUGCUGCGCAUCUGGAAGCUGUGAGUCGUCGCAAUGCUGAUUUCAGUCAUAUAUAUCGUUCGAUGGCUUUCAGCAGAUCGUCUAACCUCCUCAGCAAUGCUUCUGGUAUGCUGCGAUACCUGUUCUUGAUUUGCUCUCUUGCCUUGUCCACGUAUUUAUGUUGGAUGCUUUAUACUUCUGGCUUGCCAUGGGUCAUCUGUCUUGCAGCUGGUGUCUCAUCAACGGCUCAAGGAGUUCGUGGUACAGAAACGGAAGAGACUAUUAAUCCUGCCAAAGGGAAACCAGAUUUAGCUGAGGCUGACCUUGUUAUCUUUUGUGGUGACUUAAAUUAUCGCCUUUUUGGAAUAUCAUAUGAUGACGCGAGAGACCUUGUGUCUCAGAGAAGUUUUGAUUGGUUACGGGAAAGGGAUCAGCUGAGAGCAGAAAUGAAAGCAGGUAAAGUUUUUCAAGGAAUGAGAGAAGCCAUCAUCAGAUUUCCUCCCACUUACAAAUUUGACAUAGGGAAACCUGGAUUAGGAGGAUAUGAUUCGGGGGAGAAGAAGCGAAUACCUGCCUGGUGUGAUAGGGUACUAUAUCGAGACAGCCGCUCAUCUACAAGUCUGGAGUGCAGUUUAGAGUUUCCUGUAGUGGCUUCAAUAUUACAGUAUGAGGCUUGUAUGGAUGUGUUAGAAAGUGAUCAUAAACCUGUCCGAUGCAUAUUAAAUGUUAAUAUCGCGAAUGUUGAUAGAUCAAUCCGGAGACAAGAAACUGGGAAAAUCAUCAAGUCACACGAAACUAUAAAGUCUUUGCGCCAUGAGCUAUGUGGUAUUCCAGAAACAGAGAUUAGUACCACUCAUAUAAGCCUCCAAAGCCAAGAAACAGGCAGCUUCAAAAUUACAAACAAAAGUGCAACGGAAAAAGCUAUAUUUCAGUUUAUAUGUGAGGGACAAGCUAACAUUAAAAUGGAUGAUGAGCAGGAACUGGUAUACAGGCCAAGAGGAGCCUCUGGUUUUCCUCGUUGGCUCGAGGUCAUCCCAGCGCGUGGGGUUAUUGGACCAGACCAAGUUGCAGAUAUUUUAGUUCGCCAUAAAGAUUUGAAUGCCACGGAACAAUUGGUUGAAGGUGUUCAGACCUGGUGGUCUGAAGACAAAUGUGACAAGGAAGCUUUGCUGAAGAUUAUUGUGACAGGCAAUUAUUCGUUGGACACAAGAAGCCAUACAGUACAUGUACGUCACUGCUACUCGAGCAAAGGGACGCAGACUGAUUCUUCUCCAAAGGGAAAGGGGUAGUGGUUCCAGAAAUCGUCAAGGAAAUGUUUAUCAGCGAUCUGGAAUCAGGCAUGGACUACCCCGGUACAUGGUUUAAAAAAGAUUUAUAAGUUUAGAGCGACUUGCGCGUCAUUAGGUUAUUAUGACGCUGUGUUACUCUCUAGAUAAGACUAAGUAACUUCUCAACUGUAAAUAACAUUUAUAAAGCUUAACAUCUGAUAGGUGUAUGCAUCUAUGGAUCCAUUCUGGUGCAUCACUCUUGUAAAGUAUUGGUCCAUUCUUCUACAUUGUAACUUUCUUUAGUGGAGAACAAACAAAUGGUAGUUUCCUAAAGCAAA